AUUCUGUGUUGUGAGACAUCACUUGGUGUGCCUGCAUUUGGUCCUGCCGUUGCAAGUGCGUCUUGAGCCAACACGCCUUCAAAUCACGUGUGUUAGUGCAGUAGAACUUAUCGGGCAAGCCCUCGCACACCGCAAACAAGUGACUACGAUAGUACUCGCGCGCAGCUCGCCUUGCUCGCUGCAAAGGCUUUUACAACCUCGCCGCCGGUUCGGCGCGACCAACGGCUUCAGACGGUCGCCAAGCUGUAUAUUGAACGCCGGACGCCGGACGCUGCCCCGCAUGCUGCCGUAGCCGUUGGCCGCUGAGUCUCGUCGUCCUACCUCCAGCGCAACGUGCCCGCCACGCAGCGCUGCAUAGCCCUAAACCCGCGGGCACGCAUCGGUACCGGUGGCAGCCAUGUCGGACGACAAGAAGAAGCAACCCCACGUCUCCCCCGCCAUCAAGGGCUUCGCCGGCUCUAUCGGCGGCGUGGCGGAAGCAUGCGCGCUGCAGCCCAUGGAUGUCAUCAAGACGCGCCUGCAGCUGGACAAGGCGGGCAAGUACAAGGGCAUCUGGGGCUGCGGCAAGACCAUCAUCCAGGAGGAAGGCGUUGCCGCGCUGUGGAAGGGCCUCACGCCCUUCGCCAUGCACCUCACGCUCAAGUACGCGCUGCGCAUGGGCUCCAACAGUGUCUACCAGUCCAUGUUGCGUGACGACAACGGCAAGCUGACGGACGGGCGCCGCAUGCUGGCGGGCUUCCUUGCCGGCAUCACGGAGGCGGUGGUGAUCGUGACACCGUUCGAGGUGGUGAAGAUCCGGCUGCAGCAGCAGAAGGGGAUGGCAAAGGAGCAGCUCAAGUAUAAGGGCCCCAUCAACUGCGCGCUGACAGUGCUGCGGGAGGAGGGCAUCCGCGGCAUGUGGUCCGGCUGCACGCCCACGGUGCUGCGCAACGGCACCAACCAGAUGUGCCUCUUCUGGGCCAAGAACAACGUCGACAAGUUCCUGUGGGACAAGCACGAGGGCGACGGCAAGAUGCUCACACCCACGCAGUCCAUGACCUCCGGCUUCCUCGCGGCGCUGCUGGGCCCCAUCGCCACCGGGCCCUUUGACGUGGCCAAGACGCGGCUCAUGGCGCAGACCAAGACCUCCGGUGGCACCCGCUACAGCGGCUUCUUUGACGCGCUCAUGCGCAUCCCGCGUGAGGAGGGCAUUAUGGCCAUGUGGAAGGGGCUGCUGCCGCGGCUGCUGCGCAUCCCGCCCGGCCAGGCCAUCGUGUGGGCGGUCAGCGACCAGAUCACUGGCUACUUUGAGGCGCAGUCCAUCGCAAAGGCCUCGGGCAGCCUGCCGGCGUAAAGCGGUGCAGCAGCAACAGCCGGUCGCGUUGUUUGCCAGCUAGCGGCUGGAGGCAGGAGGGAGGGUUGGAGCUGGGCGUUGGGUUGGAUGCGGCUGCCGCCGCGGCUGGCGGGUGGGACACUUGGUGAGCUGGCGGCUUGCCGGGACGCAGAGAGCGCCAAGCCCUGGUGGUAGGUGGCGGUGAGGCGACAUGGGCGAGAACGGGCGUGAUGUGGUGACCGCCGUGAGAUGGGAUGGGGCCCUUGUGAGGCGAGGCGGCAUGACGGGUGGACCUGCGCGGGGCCGCAGGCAGCCAGUGGUACUUGUGGAUGCAGUCGGAAGCCCAGUGCAACGAAGUAGCAGCGCGCAUGUGUUGGGGUUGCAGCUUACACCUCCAGGAGUGAGCCCCAUGCCGCUCAAGUCUAUGCAGGGGGGGCGUACGUAGCAUAACGCUGCCGCUGUGCAGCUGGUUCCAGACAGAACCGCUUGCACGCCUUAGCUGAUGGACAAUGCAUAAGGAGUGAGGAGUGAGUGGGGGAUUAAGGUGAGCUACGGCGGCUUGCGCACCGCACUACUGGCUCAAGCUUGGUAAUGUGUUUGUCGCGCGCUCGAGAGCGCAUGCAUAAGGUUCGGGAGGAACCGCGGACUGGCGUGGGCAAGGUCCUGUGCGAUAAGGGGAAGAUGCCAUGGGGCAGCAUUUGAGUGCGUGUGGGGGCUUGUCGGGUGUCAAGGAUACGCGGGGGUGGCUGGGAGCCAUUGGGCAGCACUGUCGGGCAACGUAGUAGUCUAUGGGGCGUCUUGUUUUGUCAGAUGGUUUGCGCGGCUGGUAUACCGUGUUGGUACUCGCGCUGCAGUGGUGCGCAGCUGCAGUGAGAAGGUGAGGCUUGGUUGCGAGAGGUUUCGCACUGAUGCGCAAUAAACGGCGAGCCAUAUGGACAUCUGCCAAUUUGAUGCAUCAGGGCCUGGUCGUGAAACUACUUGGGACGUAUUGAUACUGGUGUUGUCGUGCAGGAGAGCGAGCUAAGUGACAUUCCGGAAAGCUUUGCGCUGCGGGGGCGAGGUAGGAUGCGCGGUGACAACCAUGGUGCUCAGGUGCGUUCGGGUGGGGCCACACGUGGAUUGUGGCGCUAGCUGAUGGAGCAAAUCAGAGACGGCUUGCUCGCAGCAGCCAGUCAUCUCCGCUGGCGUUGCUUGCCCAUCCUCCUUAGGUAGGGUCGCGCUGUGGUGCCAGGCGCGAUGUAGACACGGCCCCUGGUCAUGGGGCUGCGGCGUAGGACGUAAGGGACUAGGUACGAUGGUGUUUCUGUACGGUACAGCAAGACUCAAGUAGUCAUAACGCAAUUUACAAAUGAACACUGUGCGAAAGCCAAUGAUCCGCAUUGGGCGGUGGAUGUACCGUUUGCGGGUGAGAAACACUAGCAGCAAGCUGUCGACGGGGAUGAAAUGACUCGUGACGUGUGUGGCGCUGGCCCAUUUGCGAAGGCGGGCAUUGGGCACUGUAAUCAUGAGGUGAA